AUGGUUAUGGCGACGAGCUUCGCGACGACUGGCCGCUUGCAGGUGUUAGGGGAACCAGAUGAGAGCUUUCAGGAUGGCGUCGAGAACCACCUCGCAGAGCUGGACAUCUCUCGCAUCCAGGAUAAACGAUACGAAGAAGGUGAAGCUGCUCUUAAAGAGGCGCUGCGCAUGCGUAAAGCUCUUGGCAACUACAUUCCUAGAUCGGGCGAGGCCAAUCUAAGCUGGGCUCUCCUCGCGCAGGGCAAACUUGAAGAAUGCAAUACACUUCUUCUGGAAAGUCUAGCAGGUAGAGAGGCGGCAUUGGGGAAAGACGAUAGAGAAUCUGUUCGAACUGGAUUGAUCCUCUACGCACUUGGCAACCUUCGCGCCGCGCAAGAUAAGUGGGAGGCGUCAUAUGCUUGCGACAGCGAGCACUUCAUCCGCUUGGGUCAGAACGAAGAAGCUAUUGCAAUGAUUAACUGGGCGCUGGAUAUCUGGUCCGUAGAUCCGACAGCGCAUAAGAACGAGAUUGCUCGCACGACUUUUCUCAAAGGAAAGUUGUUAGAAGGGACAGGAAAGGCAUAG